AUGGCAGGAUUCCUUCGAAAUUUCUCCUCUCUCGACAUCCGUUCCGAGCGUCCUGUUGACACCGUCAAGUUCCACGCUGCGCGGAAAGCUGUCGAACUCAGCAUGCUUGGUCUUGUUAGCGAAUCAUGCUUAAUUCUUGAGCUACUUCCAGAGCAUGGAAAUGUACCUAAUGCCAAUGUGAUGCCUGAUGAAGCACAAUUCCUGUUUGAGGCUAUAGACAAAAUGCCGGAAGGAUUUGAAAGGCUGGGCAAGGAAGAACUAAAAGAUCUGGAAGAGGAAUCAAUCCGGAAGAUACCGUACCUUCCAGAAGAGGUAAAUGUAGUGAACGGAAGUGAAGAUGACUUCCAGGCUUUGAAAAGUUGGAUAAAGGAGUUAGAUUCGGACGAGGAUAUUGCAUGGGGCUUAAAUGCAACAACUGGGUAUCACGCGAUGCGUCUUUCUGGCAGCCUAACAGGGCUUCUAAAUAUUGCUCUAACUCUCAACAAAACCACUGAAGCCGACGAUAUCAUGACUCGCAUUGCGGACCGCAUCCAUGCGAAUCAGCAAGCUAUGUAUCUUUCUGGAAUACGGAAGGCCUGGAGUAAAUAUUUCGUGUUUGGAUGGCUGCGAAACAAACUUGGAGUUGCAGAAAAUGAACUCAAAGAGUAUGCGGCAUUUAUACACGAAACGACAAAGAAAAGGCUAGAGGGGGGAACUAUAAAGCCCCUGGAAAUGUUUAGAAACAAGAGUAUGGAGGACAUCCUCAAGGAGCUCGAUAAGAAUACGUUAAGGUUCAAGGAGAAAUUCGAAGAGAUUCUGUAUCAUUCGGAUGACGAUGAUGAAGACGCAGAAGAUGACGCUGAGGCGGAGAACAAUGAAGAACGGCCUUCUAAGCAGCAAAAAUACACUGCUCCAGACACCAUACUUCGCGCACCUGCAACUGCGGAACAGAUUGUUGCGGCGGAAUUGAAAUUGGGCAGGCCACUCCCUGAUGAUCUCAAAGACUUCUACGCCAUGACUAAUGGCACACGUCUCGUCAUUCGGGGUCCACGGUUUCACAUCCUCAGUAACCGCCUUCCAAAUGUGCAGUCUCUAUUCUGGGAAGAGGACGACUAUAUGACCGAUUACCAAUUUAAUCUCUUCCCCGACGCCAAGCUGCCCGUGUCGAUCGAAUGGCCAGGAAUUGAGGGUGGGGGGAUUGCGAUGUACGAACAUAAUGGGCAGGGCACAGAAUAUGUAUGGUAUAUACAGGGAGAAUUGCUGGACAAAGCGAGGAAUCUUUUGGGUGAGGCAUACGGAAAAGCAAAUGAGACGGAAAAGAAGGCUUUCGAUGGUUUGGUGGCAGAGUACCAUGGAAGUUGGGAGCAGCUCAGGAAUCUCCAGGGUUGCUGGUAUCAGCAGAGCUGGGGAUCUCCGGAUGGCAUGGUUGUAUUCCACAAUUUCAGGGCUUAUUUGAGCUUGGUAUUGUUUCAGAGUAUAUUUGAAGAAGACCGGAGUCCGCUCAAAGCACUCGAUGAGGAAUAUUAA